UAUAGGCGGGAAAAGAAGCGAGUCGUGAGAAAGAGGAGCAGAGACACAACAGCAAUGGCGGACGAGAAGCCCAAGGAAGGUGUGAAGACCGAGAAUAACGAACACAUCAACCUGAAGGUGGCGGGACAGGACGGCUCGGUGGUGCAGUUCAAAAUCAAGAGGCACACGCCGCUCAGCAAACUGAUGAAGGCCUACUGCGAACGACAGGGACUCACGAUGAGGCAGAUCCGCUUCCGGUUUGACGGACAGCCCAUUAAUGAGACGGACACACCCGCUCAGUUGGAAAUGGAGGAUGAGGACACAAUUGAUGUGUUCCAGCAGCAGACGGGAGGCGUGAUGUAAAGCAACAACGACUUCCAUCCCUCCAUCGAUCCUCCAUCGUUCCCUCCAACCAAUCCCUCGAACAUGUUUAAGUUUGAACCAUCGUGGAAGAAACAUGGACUGAAUUACGGCUGCUCAGAUCCUCACGGACAGUGUUUAAUUUCUCUCUCGCGCUCUCUCACACACUCGCCUCGCUCUAACUCUUCCUUUUCUUCUCUCUCUCUCUCUCUCUCUCUCUCUCUCUCUCUCACUUCUGUAAUAUGAAACAGUUUUCAUCCUCAAUUCUGACCCAUGUGGACCUGUGACCAAGAAAACCCCUAAGACCAUAUUGAUCAGGGUGUUGUGUGUUUUUAUUUUUAUUUUUUUCAUUUAUUAUUGUUUUUUUUCUCCUUAUGAAUGACCAUCACAGCUGAAGUUUAGUUUUAUUCACUUUACAGCUUUUAUAUCUUUUAUAAAUGUAGUAGUUCUCUUUUUUGUACCUCUCGGUUUUAUUCAGUCACAUUUACAAUGUGCAGUGUUCAGAAAGUCGAUUAGUUUUUUUUUGUUAUUCUUUGUUUGUGUGUCCGAAUAAAACAGUUGUAUAAAAGUAAUAAGCAUGGCCUGAGGUUUGAGUCUUGGACACCAAGGUGUGUGUGUGUAAAUCACAAAAUGCAGCAUAAAAAUGUGUUUUAAUAGUUACAUAGAUUCAACAUAAAAAAAAAAAAAGUAAAAUUUUAGUCACAUGACUAAAUGUUACCAUGGUAAUGAUGUAAACUUCUCCUACACCAGCGCAUUUCUACACACUUUGUAUUGCAGGUGCUCAUAACAGUGCGCUGUAAAGGUUGUACGAGAUGUAGCCCGAGUAGUGCUCUUCAGUAAACCACUAAAUGUAUGGUUCUCUGCUAAAUUAAACACUACCUAGUGUC